CUUUUAAUAAAUGUAACAAAACUUUUAUUGAGAAGAGAGAGUUUAUAUAUGGGGAGAGAUGUGUAAAACUCCCAGAUUUGUUUUUUAAUUAUUUUUUUUUCUGCUGUCAAUUUAUGUGUAUGUGUCCCCUGCCUCCAACCAACCACCCGACUUUUACUCUUUACCCAUUAUUUAAUCUUUCAAAAUUUUUUGCUUUUCUGUUGUCAUUUAAAUUGGUUUUUUUAACGUUACGCUUAAAAUGUAUUUUUUUAAAUAAUUUUGUCGAGAAAAUUGGACAAUUAAUUAGAGUUUGGGGGAAUUUUGUUUCGAUUAAAGAUUUUAAAAAAAUUCUAAAAAUUAUAGCUUGUUUAUAG